AUGGCCUCGCGUGGAACCAGCGAGGGGAGCAACUACGAGGUCUUUCGGGAAUGUCUCUCCAGCGCAAUCGUGCAAAGAUCCGAUAAUGGCAGACCAAACCGAGUAGCGAAGCGAAAAGCACUGAAAACCAAACGCAGCACGAGGAAACCCGCGACUGAUGGAGCUGGCGCCGAUACCACGGCUUCCGACUCUUCAUCUCUACCAUCUCGGGUGAAUCCAGAAGAGUUGGCCGAGUUCAUCGAUGUACAGAACCCCGCCCUACAGAGUCACGAGGGAUUCCUCGCAUCAGAAACCUUCCCCUCCCUACCAGCAGACCUCCAAACCCUCUCCUAUUCCUCCAUCCAGCACGACCCCGUCCUCGCAGACAAAUACGCCGCCUCCCCGCUCCCCCGCUCCCUCCUCGAGUCUACAACCGCCACCAUCCCCGUCGCCGUGUCCGAGUCCCUCUCCGUCUAUGGCCUCGUCCCCGAUCCCUCCGACGUCCCUGACUUCUUUUCGCCUGUGCUUAGCGAAUACGUAGCCAGUGUGACAGCCGCGCCGCCGGUAUGGGCGACGACGCGCACUGACGCCUGCGAGAUCUGCGAGCGCGACUGGAUCCCCCUCUCGUACCACCAUCUGAUUCCGCGCGGGGUGCAUGCAAAGGUGCUCAAGAAGGGGUGGCAUGAGGAGUGGAUGCUGAAUAGUGUUGCGUGGCUGUGUCGUGCCUGUCAUAGUUUCGUGCAUCGGAUGGCGAGUAAUGAGGAGCUGGCGAGGGAGUACUAUACCGUCGAGAGGAUAAUGGAGAGGGAGGACGUGCAAGAUUGGGCGAAGUGGGUGGGACGGGUGAGGUGGAAAGCGAGGUGA